CCGUGAUAUAAACAACAAGAAAUAGCUUGUGCGUUCCAUUUUCCCUCUCGUCCAUCUAAAACAUGUUUCAUGCGGCACUGGAGCUAUCAGCCAUUGCAGUGUUACUUGUGGAAGACAUUCUCAAGCAACAGUCUCUCAAGAAGCGGAAGCGAAGAAUUAGGAGAAACCGCACUAAAUGGGUGAAGUCAUGGAUACUACAGCGAGAAGCUCACGGUGCUUUCCCAAACCUGUGUCGAGAGCUGGAAUUCAAUGAAGUGCCAGAUUUCAGAAAUUUCGCUCGGCUUUUUCCUGUGCAGUUCCACACGUUGGAGGAACUCAUCACUCCAAUCACCCAGAGGGAAAACACCAACUACCCGGAUUGCAUCUCCGUGGGGACACGUCAGAUGGUUACGCUGCGAUUUUUGGCAACAGCUGGACAAGCGAUUGCUUUGAUAAAGGCACUUCCCUCAAUGUUUCCUUCCCCAACUGCCCCACCCAAAAAGCUUGGGUCAGCAAGUGAGGCACUAUUCCAUGUUCUUGAGCCAUCUGAGGACCCCAAUACGUUUCUCCAGAAACGGCCCAUCACCAGUCCAGUCAUCCUAGACUCUACUAACCUCCUCCUGGCUGUUGGCAAAAUCACACUGAUGACCCUACCUAGGGAAAUGAUGCACGAGGCUCCACUCAUCCUGAUGGGGUGUUUUUACACCUUCCACCUCACCCAAAUGUGUUGCUCCUCUCCUAUCCGUCAUCCAGACUGAGGUACUGAAGGACAGUAUUCACGAGCGUGACCUUACUCAUUCAUACAAAAAAUGGGCAGAAUUCACAAAAAAGUAGAGAACUUGAAUUCUGUGUCCAAUGUUUGUCAGUUCUAUAAGGAUGUAUAUAUGUUGAAGAGCUUUGUUCAUUUAAUAAAUGAUCCUGUUUGUUAUGGACUGACUUAAUAAAAACGUGUUUUUUGAAA